UUCUUUUGUGUGUUCAACUACAAAAUUGCGUAGACUACAUAAACUAAUGAGUUGGACAUUUAACAUCACGAGGACGACGUUUUGGUGUGAUUUCCUGUUGAACGUAGCCUUUGUGCAAAUGGAAGAUAGCGGAAUAGAUAGUGGAGAGAAGAAUGAAAAAAUGGUGCAUGGUAGGAAUCACGAGAGUGAGGAGAGCUCAUCAAAUGAGGACGAAGUUGAGGUGAUCUUUCGCGGUGUCCCAAAUGUUCCCAGCAAAACAACAUAUGUACCACAGAUGAGCAGCUGCAAAAUGAUGCAGCGAAAACUUGAGUUAAAGGUGGAAAGAGCAAAAAGAACGUAUAAAAAGCUCAUUGAAACUGAAGAUUCUCCACAAGCUAAAUCAUCAAAUAUUAUUCCCAUAAAUCGCCUCCAAAUCCCUGGACAUGUGGAAAAUCAACCACUUGUGGAGUACAAAUCUGACCAUAGUGACGAAGAAGAGUCCCCAUCCUUCUUCCCACACCCAAAGUCGCUAAAAAUGCAGGAUUUCAGCGACACAUUUAGUAUACAAGAGCUUCCUGUCUCGAAUUCCGAUGACGAGGACUCCCAAACGCUUGAACUCGUGCCUCCGUCUUCCGAGGAUAGAUUCCUCACAAAGUUGUCUAAUUUCUUCUGCUGCAGUAAUUAAAUUGUCGUGAAUUUUGAAUUAUAAGAAAAAAAAAGAAAUAAAAUUGUCCACUUUGAUAACGAGAAUUAGGUCGAAAAUUCGCCGCAUUCAAAAGCAAUCCGAAAACGAAUUAGAAGUGGUCGAAAUCGGAUCA